CCCCAGUUUUCUUCAGUCUCACUCAAUGUUUGGAAAGGGGAAGCGUUCACUGGAAUUAUUUUGUUCACUUUUUUCCAAAGUUUCUCUACACCCUGAACAAGUUGUGACAGUGAAAUGACAACUCUGGGACAGUCUUCAGUCUGCUUACUGCUGAUGAUGCAAGUGUGUCUUUCUGGGCAGUUGGAUGACAAUAAGAUCCCAUCCAGUCUCUGUGUGGGACAGCCUGGUAUCCCAGGAUCCCCAGGGGUCCAUGGCAGUACAGGUCAGCCAGGACGAGAUGGGCGGGAUGGGAGGGACGCAGCACCUGGAGAGAAAGGAGAGAAGGGUGACAGGGGUGACAGAGGUGAGACAGGACAGAGAGGCCUGACAGGGGAUAGGGGUGACCCUGGAGUGAAAGGAGAGAGGGGCCAGUCUGGAGAAUGUGCUGUUGCUCCCAAAUCUGCAUUCAGUGCCAAACUGUCAGAAGGUCUCACUCUACCGCUCAGUGUGGGAGACACUGUGCGUUUUAAUAAGAUUACCCUCAAUGAGCAGGAUGACUAUAAUGCAGAGACGGGGCGCUUCACCUGUAAAGUCCCUGGAGUUUACUAUUUUGCGGUCCACGCCACAGUGUACCGCGCCAGCCUGCAGUUUGACUUGAUGAAGAAUGGACAUGCUGUGGCCUCUUACUUUCAGUUUUAUGGAAACUGGCCCAAACCUGUGUCUCUCUCUGGUGGGUCCCUGCUACACCUGGUGCCAGGAGACCAGGUCUGGGUUCAGAUGGCUCUGGUGGGUGGCAUGAAUGACGUGAAAUAAUCUACAGUAGUCUAUGCUGAACUGAAACCCCCUUUGCACAGACACAAACCGAUCAAUAAGGUAUGGCUCUUUCUCCUCUAUCUGCUCAUAACAAAUGUAUGACAGCUGAGCACAUGCAAUAAUAGGCCUACUAUGUUAUUCAAUCAUAUCAACAGAUCAGUGUACAGUGAACUAUGGACCUACAGUGAGCCUGACAAAUUCAUAUUCCCAUCCAUUGCUAAAGUGAAAUUAGUGAUGGGCCCUUUGCAUGCACAUGGAUCCAUGCUACUUCAAGAUGGAGUCCUGACCAGCCUCACAUGUUUUCAUUACAGAACAGACUAUAAUAUUAAACUUACAUCAUUACUGAAUAUAGUCUAUUGCAACUCUACAUAGCAUGUGCUUACUUCUCCAAACAAGUGCCACACACAUUAUAAACUUGUGUAUUUUCCCUAAACUGUCCUGUGAAAAGUGGUCAAUUGUAUUCCCUAUGAAACUUAAAUAGAAACAAGACCUCACAACAGUCCUUUAGCAUGUAUGUAUAGGGAAAUUCUCCUCUUUCACCAUAUCCCCAAAGGGAGGUUAGGGGUGAGCUGCAGCCCACUACUGUUUAUAAGUACAUUGCAGUUCACUAACUAUGUUUACCCUGUCUCUUGCUCAUUAGGGCAAGAUUAACGCAAACACUGAAGAAUGACCGAAAACCACAGAUGCACAAAGUAAAACAUAUUAUAUCCAUAUAGGAAUGGAGUUAUACAAGUUUGGACUAACCAUAGACAAUUUUCCCACACAGCUCCUGGGGCACUGGGGGUAAAAGGAAGAGGACCACUAAAGCGGGGGUUCUCAAGCUUUUUGAGGCCAGGGAUCCCUUAUCAGUAUGAAAAUAUCCAAAUGAUCCUCCCAUUGUUCUCCAUGAUGACAUCACAUUAAAAUUCUGAAGCCAUGUUUAUAACUAGAUUUGGGUGAAAGGUCAUCUUGUCAUUUUAUUUUUUGUUUAGUUAUUUCUAUUAAAAACAUUGUAUGUUUGGGAUUGUUUAUCAUAAAAAUGUAGUAUUUAAGUUAUGCUCAACUGUUAUCAAAAUUUGGGGGGGACCCCUGACCUCACUUUAAGAACCAGUGCUCUAGAGUAUAAGGCUCCUCUGACAUUAAACCUUCUCUCCGUUUGAAAAAUAUGCUGGGUUCACAGAAGUAGAACAAACUGUUAUGCCAUGAAUACACAUCCUUUACAUACAUUACAAAUAUAACAUUGAAUAAUGUUUCUUUCUAUCUUAAGAUUGACUAUUCUGCAAAGAAAUGUAAUUAAAAUAUGUCUGGAAAAAUAGACUGUAAAUUUAAAAUAAAAUUGCUGAUGAGAA